AUGCAAAGAUCGCUAUUUACCGCUUCUACCGCUUCAACCCAAACAGGACAACCGAAAAGCUUCUUGCGAGCUGCUACAAUUGUACCUUCCAUAACGACAUUAAUGGUCGCUCAUCAUUAUUUCUCGUCAUCUUCCGUAUUACAUGCAGAAUCAUCUUCUGAUUCAUCUUCCAAAUUCCGUCAAGCUGAUUCUGCAGCUUUACGUAGACCUGCUUCACAGUUAUUCUUCAUGAGCAUAAAAGGAGAACAUCGUGAUGAAUGGCAAAAUUGGAUUGGAUAUUUCCGACAAGCAGGAUAUGACUGUAUAGAUUCAAAUAUUGCACUUUCAGAAGGAACAGAAGAGAAUGAUGAAUCACUUUCUGAUGAAAUUGGAUCACAAAUUCGAUUAAUGUCCUUACAAAGAGCUCCUCUUUUAUUUGCUUAUAGCGGACAAGGAGCAAGAGCUGCUCUUCAUCACAUUCAAUCUUCUAAACCAAAGAUUAGCGGAUUGGUUCUGGUCAAUCCAAAGGAUACCGAUCAAGCAACAGUAGAAUCAGCCGAGAAGUUAGAUGUUAAAAAGCUACGAAUUUUGAUCUUAUCCGAUCAAGAAGAUGAACAAGCAUUCCGUAAGACAGAAAGAUGGAUGGAUUCAGAAGGGUUGUCGUAG